GGCGGGCGGGUCGGCGGAGCGCGGGCGGCCGGGGAAGCUCGAAGGGGGCCCGGUGGUGGCGUCGUCGAACGCUCUGCUCUGCCCGGGGCUGCGGGAGCCGGACACCGCGGCCGCGGCGGCUGCUGCAAGAGGAACCCAGGGGACACUGCCCCUGCCCGCGUCCUGCCUCAGGCCAUCGCUAUUCCUCCGGGGCCCCGCGUGGACUCGCCUCCGUGAAGUGUCACGAUGUCUGACCGGAAGGCAGUGAUCAAGAACGCAGACAUGUCUGAGGACAUGCAACAGGAUGCCGUUGACUGCGCUACGCAGGCUAUGGAGAAGUACAACAUAGAGAAGGACAUUGCUGCCUAUAUCAAGAAGGAAUUUGACAAGAAAUAUAACCCUACCUGGCAUUGUAUCGUGGGCCGAAAUUUUGGCAGCUACGUUACACACGAGACAAAGCACUUCAUCUAUUUUUACUUAGGUCAGGUUGCAAUCCUCCUCUUCAAGUCAGGCUAGGCGCCCGCAGUGAAGGUGUCAGUGGCGGCGGCAGCAAUGGCAAGCAGGCGGCGUUGCUGGGACUGUUUUACACUGGGGCCAGCAUCAGGAUGUCCUCUCCAAUGGCUGUGCUACUGCAUGGACUGUAUACUCGAUUUCAUGUGUAUGUCGCAGUAAACAAAACCAAACUUCUUUCUGUUUAGUUGCCUGGGGAAGAAGGCUGCUUUAUGUUUCUUUUUCAAGACUUAAACAUACUAUUUUGGUUGUAUUGCACUAGGAAAUCUCUCCCACCCUUCCCUCUUCUCUUUCUCUCCCUAUACAAAAUAAAAAGCCCUCAACAAAGCCUGUAAGACUAGGAGGGCUGGGGAAAAGAAAUAGGUUUCUGGAGGUGGAACUAAAACUGUGCAGCUGCCUCUUUUGUGGUGGUGGGUGCUGCUUUGGGAAGACCAGAGAGGCUGUGGGGAUACAGUGUUAGGACUGGCAAGGAGAGAGGGAUAGGAAGGGAGGGUAGGGGGAUCUAGUACCAGGGAGAAUAUUCCACUGAACUGUGAUUCCACGGCUUGGGGCAGAGGGUGGGUGGAUUCUUCAAAGGGCCCUGAGACGUGCUUGUCUAUGGCAUGUGGGAGUGGGGAGCAGACUUGUCUUGCUGUCUUUGUCAGAAGAGUUUCUAAGUAAGGGCUGUGUCUUUGUGGAUUACCAUUUAUUCUUCCAGAGUUUAGGGUAGGAGGAUGUUGGGGGUAAGAUUAGCUUGGUUUUUUCUUUUCAUUCUUCUGUCUGCUCCCUUAGCCCUCAGUUUUUUCAUUCCUCUGGAGCGCUCGUAGAGCAGCCCCUGUUUGUUGGCUGGCAAGGGAAUUUCUGGUGACUGUAGUUCCUUAGUUAAGUCUUAGCAAUCAAACCAAAUCAAUGUCUCCCUUGAUACUCCUCUGUGUGUAUGUGUGUGUGUUUUGGUUUGGGGGCAGGGGUGGGCAGGACAGUGUGGAAUCUCUAGGAUGUAUGGGUGGAUAGGCAGCACAGUUAGCUCUAAGUGGGCCUUUAUGUUAAAAAACCUCUGGGGGUGUCUGUUUUGGGGGUAAAAACUGGUGUCAUCCUCCAUCAGCCAUCUGGCCCAGAUAAUCUGCUUUUGCCCUAUGGCCAUCUGCUCCCAGGAAGGCUUUAGAAGGCUAGCCCACGGUGAGGUGGUCAUGCUGCCAUCUGCCCUGGAGCUGGGUGUCUGGAGACGGAAAGUGACAUUGUGGACAGUUGGAGUCUCUUGUGGGAGGUAGGACUGGAAAUGGUAAAGCGCUGUGAGGGGAUUCUGGGCAGCUUUGGAGAAGGUUGGUCUUGGCAGUGAUGAAGCCGGAUAGGGGGUAGAGUAGGGCCCCCUAGUGGGAGGAGAUUCCAAGGAGGAUGCUGGGGACAUCUUGUCUGUUGAUCAAACGGAUGGGGUGGGGGUGGGGUAGGGGGAGUCAUUGCUGAUUGAGCUGCUGAUUCCUGUAAAUUGAGUUCAAUUCUCUCAUGUGUAGGGUUGACAUGGGUGGGAGGGGUGGGUUGGGAUCCAGCUCAUUCUUUUUUUCAAGUCCAUCCUUGGUGGGGAGGCAGGAGAAUGCCCCCUCCCCAAGCCUUUAAUGUGUGCUGAGCUUUCUUUUUGAUGCUGAUGGGUGGGUAGGGACUGGGAUGGUGAGUGAGUUCCCUAUAUCAAACCCUUUGGUGGGCAAAAAAUUGAGUGCUUGAUUUUAGGUUUUAUUUUUUUAUGAAUGUCCAAAUCAGUUUCCCCCUGCCUUCCCAGACUUGUGUGGCCAGUUGAAAAUGUCUGGUUUGUGUUCAUCUCUCCCUCAUUUCUGGAGCAAGGGCUGAGACCCUGCCACAUCUCCUAUGCUCUGCAUCCACGCCUCUUUUGGACAUUAAAGGUUGAUUGAUGCACUUGUGAA